GCCGGCCGUGCCCAGGCCCCACGAUGCACUGGUAUGCAAACAGCUGGCCGCCCCCCCCCAGCCUCUUGGGGGCCCUUUAAACUUUAAAGCCGGGUGUGGGUGUGUUCAUGUAUCCUGUGGCUUCACCACCAGACUCACAACCAGGACUAGAGGAGCGUCCUCGCUCACUAAAGGACCUGAAGGAUACUUCCUCCAUCAUGGGCGCCUUCAUCGCCAAGAUGCUGCUGCCCACGGUCAGCAGCCUGGUGUUCCUGCCCACGGCCAGCGUGGCCGCCAAGAGGGGCUUCCACAUGGAGGCCAUGGUCUACUUCUUCACCAUGUUCUUCACCGCGAUCUACCACGCGUGUGACGGACCUGGACUCUCCAUCCUGUGCUUCAUGAGGUACGACGUCCUGGAGUACUUCAGUGUCUACGGCACGGCUCUCUCCAUGUGGGUCACCCUGAUAGCUCUGGGCGACUUCGAUGAGCCUCAGCGCUCCAGCAUGACCAUGUUUGGAGUGCUGAGCAUCGCCGUGAGGAUCUACCAGGAUCGCUGGGGCUACGGGAUCUACUCUGGACCCAUCGGCUCCGCUGUCUUCAUCAUCACCGUCAGAUGGCUGCAGAAGAUGAAGCAGCUGCGGGCGGUGUAUCCGGAGAAGGCGGUGUACACGCAGCAGGUCGGUCCCGGCUGCUGCUUCGGCGCUCUCGCUCUGAUGCUGCGCUUCUACUUCGAGGAGUGGGACUACGCCUACGUGCACAGCUUCUACCACCUGUCUCUGGCCGUGUCCUUCAUCCUGCUGCUGCCGAAGAAGAACCGCUACGCCGGCACGGGAAGGAACGCCGCCAAGCUCAGCUUCCUCGGCCUCUUGUGCUGCUCCAUGUCCCCUGCUUCUUCAAAAGAGAAGACGGACGAGUCGCUGAAGAAGAAGAAGAAGAAGAAGAAGAAGUCUCGCGCCGUGUGGACCAUCCCCACUGAGCUGUGGACGCGCCGCUGCAGCACGCCCAUCCUGCCCGUUUACAACUCCCCGCCCUCCACGCCGGUCAAGGAGACGAGCGUGGAGGACGGGGGGUCGUCCACGCCCAUCCUGCCCCCCGCGCCCUCCACGCCGGUCAAGGGGACGAGCGUCAGCCGCCUCAAAGAGAUGAACGGCUGGAAGUGA